AUUGCUCCAAUAUUGGCGCGAAAUUUAAAAACCAUCACAUGGCCACUAAAACAAAGAUGGCUACAGAGCCGGUGCCUCGCAUAGCCAUUCGUGGCUCAACUGGCUUGUUGUUCCACAAUGGACCUCCAAGCUAUGAACUCAACACUGAUGGUCCUAAGGACCCUUCUAAGCAGUGCAAGUUCAUGACGUUCAGUCCAAAUGGACAGUACUUCGCGUGGACAAACUCAGCAGUGGUGAAGGUAGUGGCUGUGAAGGAAUGGAAACUGAUCCAGGAAAUACCUAGACCUAGAGUUUUGUACCUUAAAUUCUCUCCCAAAGGCACAUAUCUUAUGACUUGGGAGGCUUUUAUCACCACCCCAGACAACCCAACGGGCUCGCCAAAUAUGAAUGUCUACAAAACUGAAAGUGGACAGUUGCUCAAGGGCUAUGUUUUUAAAAAGCACUCUGGAUGGGAGUUGCAGUGGAGCGAUGAUGAGAAAGUUUGCGGCCGCAACUCGGGAUCAGACGUUUUCUUCUACGAAAAUGGUGACCUUGAGAAGGUGGCUUGCAAAGUUGGCAUCCCAAAAGUGGCCUCGUUCAGCCUUAGUCCCAGUUCUAAGCCUCACCAUGUUGUUUGCUACAUUCCUGGCAAACAGGGCCAGCCAGCUAACGGCAAGCUCUUCCAGUAUCCUAAGUUCGACCUCUCACAGGCAGUUGCCAGCAAGAGUUUCUUUCAGGCAGAGAAACUAGACUCUUUCUGGAAUGCCAAAGGAACUGCUGUCUUGCUCAUGACAAACGUGGACGUUGACUCCAGUGGAGCUUCGUACUACGGCAAACAGAGCCUGCACUUUGUCAACACCAAGGGUGACUCAUCCAUGGUAUCCCUGGGAAAAGAGGGACCUGUGUAUUCGGUCGAGUGGAGUCCAAACUCGACCGAAUUCACUGUCGUGUAUGGAUACAUGCCAGCUAAAGCAACUGUGUACAAUGCAAAAGCAGAGGCGAUAUUCGAUUUUGGAACUGGACCCAGAAACGUUGUGUACUACAGUCCUCUGGGCGAUUUGCUUGUUCUUGCUGGCUUUGGAAACUUGAGAGGAGGAGUAGAAGUUUGGGACACAACAUCAAAUAGGAAGCAGGUUUCGAAUUUCCAAGCAGCUGACUCAACAUGGUUGUCGUGGUGUCCCGACGGGCAGCACUUGGCAACAGCCACUACCGCUCCUCGCCUCAGACAGGGCAAUGGCUUCAAAGUGUGGCAUUACUCAGGAGCCAUGCUCUUUGAGCGCCCGUGGAACAAAGAAGAGGAGCUGUGGGAGGUGCAGUGGCAGACGUUCCUGUCCAACACCUUCAAGCCAAAGCCAAUUGGCCAAGCUAAAGUGCAAGGCAUCGAGCCAGCCCAGCCUCAAGCAUCGAAAGAGGUUUACAGACCUCCGUUAGCAAGAGGCAAAGAGAGCAAUUUCAAGCUGCACGAAUUUGAAGCGCCCAAGUUCAUAAGGCCUGGCUAUGGUCUUCCACCUGGAGUCACAGUUGUGUCAGAGCCCCCAAAGGGGCCGUCAAAGCAGAAGAAGAAGAGAGACGCGAAGAAGGCCAAGGCAGCUGAAGAGGGAGCAGGAGCUGAGGAGCCUGCUCCAAAGCCAGCAGCCGCGAAUCCUGCCACUUGGCUGCCAAAAGGCGUCACCGAGGAAAAUCUGCAAACUGACGACGCUGAGAAAGCCAAGAAGAUCAAGAAUUUGAAAAAGAAGUUGCAAGACAUCGCCAAGUUGAAGGAACAGGCAUCUUCUGGGAAGCAGUUGGAGCUGAACCAGUCAGAAAAGAUUAAAAAGGAGGGUGAGUUGGUUGCUGAACUCAAAGCGCUGGUGCUCUGAAUAAUGACAAUUUUUGCCUUUUUACCUAA